CCGGGCCCCGGAGGUCGCGCCGCGCAGGGAGCCUCGGUCCCGGGGUCGGCAGGACUGCAACCCCGGGUGGGAAGCGAUGCUGCGUCCUUGAGAAGCAGAGCCAACCGCCUCGGGUCUCACUUCUGGACCAGGCAGUAUCUGCUUUGCUGGUCUUUCUGAGGACUCAAAGAUAAAAGGCCCUGCCUAAGAGCUGGGUGUGUCAGUAUACACCUGUAACCCCUAUGCUCUGGCGGCUGAGGCAGGAGGAUGGAGAGGUAGAAGCUAGCCAGGACUACGAAGCAAGCUAAAACACUUGAGGCCCCAGGUUGCACUGCUAGAAAAGGUAAAGCUGGAUGAGAGAACUGAGACACAAAUUAUUUGGAUUAGACAAUGUCUUCAUGGUAGGACCAGGCGCCACAGCUGGACUGUCUCACCUCAGAGUUACAGUCUGUACUUGUAACUACUACACUGUACAGAUCCCUCAGUAAGCUCCAAAAGAUGAGUCGUGGGUAUCCAGAAAACAAUAAUUUCCUGAAUAAUAAUAACCAAAUGGUACUAGAUAUGAUACUUUAUCCCUUAAUUGGAAUUCCUCAGACCUUCAACUGGGAAACUGUGGCAAGGCUUGUGCCUGGUUUAACACCCAAAGAGUGUGCAGAAAGGUUUGAGGAGCUGAAGAGUAGUGGAAGCUCACCUGUUGACAACCAGUACAACCCCUUACUGGCGGCUGGGGCGGGCCCUGUGGAGUCGCUAGCCACUUACAUUAAAUCUUCGCUUCUGGAAACACAAGGACAUUUUCAGGAGGCUCCAGUUGAUGAAGAUACAGUUUCGAAAGCAGGAAGACAUAGUAUAGCUUCUACAAGGAAUUGUUCUUCAGAAAGUGAAAAUUGUACUACUCGUAAUGCUGGAGAAAAGACUGAAGAAUCUGAAGGGCCAAACAUGGUGAUCCACGUAUGUGAUGAAGCAAAAAACUUGAAAGAAGAUUUUAUUUGCCCACGAGAUCUUUUGGUAUCAGAAAUGAAGUACUUUGCUGAGUAUUUAUCCAUGGAUGCCCAGCGCUGGGAAGAGGUGGACAUUUCAGUCCAUUGUGAUGUCCACAUUUUCAACUGGUUGAUAAAAUAUGUUAAAAGGAACACUAAGGAGAAUAAAGAUUGUGAGAUUCCCACUUUAGAGCCUGGAAAUGUCAUUUCAAUUCUUAUUUCUUCAGAGUUUUUGAAGAUGGAUUCAUUAGUUGAACAGUGUAUUCAGUAUUGCCACAGAAAUAUGAAUGCCAUAGUAGCUGCUCCAUGUAACAUGAACUGUAUCAAUGCAAACCUCCUCACACGCAUAGCCGAUCUGUUCACACACAAUGAAAUUGAUGACUUAAAGGACAAAAAAGAUAAGUUUAGGAGUAAGCUUUUUUGUAAGAAGAUUGAGAGACUGUUUGAUGCUGAGCACUUGAAUCCAGAUUCUCGAAACAGUGCUGCAACAUUAUAUAGAUGCUGUUUGUGUAAGAAACUUUUAACCAGAGAAACAGAAAGACGAAUUCCUUGCAUCCCUGGAAAAAUCAAUGUGGAUCGACAUGGAAAUAUUGUCUACAUCCAUAUAAGAGAUAAAACCUGGGAUGUACAUGAGUAUUUGAAUAGUCUUUUUGAAGAAUUAAAAUCUUGGAGAGAUGUAUAUUGGCGCUUGUGGGGAACGAUCAACUGGCUGACUUGUUCAAGGUGUUACCAGGCUUUUCUCUGUAUUGAAUUCUCACAUUGUCAAUACCACUCAGAAGUGGUAGUUUAUUCCACUACAGUAAGUUCACUGAGCACUGUGGGCACUGGAAUUUAUCCCUGCUGUAACCAGAAAGUUCUUCGAUUUGAUCCCACUCAGCUCACAAAGGGUUGUAAAGUGAGGGACCACAUGGUUAUUCUCCAUGAUCAAGGAGAAAACGAUGAUUUGCUUUCUUGUCCAACUACUAGAAUACUGGACGAUCUACACAAGCACAGAGAUGUCAUUGUUAUACCUUUUUUAAAAGAUGCAGUUAGUGACCCUGGGCUUGGCCCCGGUGAUGAAAAGGGCCUGGAAUGUGAUGUUUUGCUGGAACCAAAUACACCAUGGGGCCCCAAAACUGGGGAGCUCAAUGCUUUCUUGUCAUUGAAAAACUGGACUCUGCAGCUGAAACAGCAGUCAUUAUUUUCAGAAGAGGAAGAGUACACCACUGGAUCUGAGGUCACUGAGGAUGAAGUCGGUGAUGAAGAAGAAGUGGCCAAGAAACAAAGUAAUGGCUUCAGAGUUAAAAAUCAACCCUCACUAUGUAUGGAGACUUUCACUCUGAACCUUCUAAUUCCAGGCAUGGGGAAAAGGGAAAAACCAAAGAAGUUUACUAAGCAACCAAAAAAACAGCUGUCUUCACCCAGUUCUCAAAAGAAAGAAAAGGCGCUGGAGAAGUCAACUUCUAGAGAUGUGUCUCCUUUCGUUGUGAGCAUGCAGAAGAAUAAGUGGGAUGCCACAAGAUCCUUGAGAUUCAACCAGGAUGCACAAAGAGAAGAUGAUCAGCGGCGGAUGUCUGAAAUCACAGGGCAUCUAAUAAAGAUGAGAUUGGGUGAUCUGGACCGAGUUAAGUCAAAGGAAUCGAAAGAAUUUGCAGGAGGUAUUUAUUCUAGACUUGAAGCGCAAGUCAAAGCCUCUGCGCCUGGCAGCGCCCGGCAGAACAGCUCAGACAAAACCCCCAGGUCUAAAAGUCGUUUUGGUCAAGGGCGUCCUGCAUAAAGCACCCUAAAAUAUAAAAAGAGAGAAGGACACUCCUGGACAACUGAGAUUGUUCAUUUCCUGAAGAUCUUCAGAACAAUGACUUCUAGGUGUUUUACUAGUUAUCCCUGCAGACCACAGAAUCAUGCUGAGACAAAUAUAUAGUUAGGCUUCAUUAAAAUAUAAUUGUAAAUAUAAAUUUCUCUUUGUAUAGUUGUGGGCUGUGUAGAAAAUAACUACAAACUUUACAUCGUUGAGAUUCCUAAUAUUUGUUACCCUUUGUUUAUUUGAAAGAGAAGAGGUCUAAAUUGUCAAAUGACUGAGCUUUGUAAGACCUUAAGAAAUUUAGGGUAUGAUUGGUAGCGUUACUGUGCAUGUAUGCUCAUCACCAUACGUUUUGAGAACUGUCCAGUCUUAGGUGUAGCAUUGAAAAAUGAAUGUUUUACGGUGAAAUGUCCAGUGAUGCUAAUUUAAGUUGGUGUCUGGAGGCUGUAUUAAUAGAGUUUCAAGGUGAGGUUAUUCCAGUAUCAUGUUGGCCUAGAAGAAUUCAUCUUGUCACGUUCUUAUUUGGAAAGUACAGUGUUAAUCUACCUUUUGUUCCUUUCAGUUUUUCAUGCUUCUCUGUUGGUCAUCUGACCCUGAAUGACUGGUCACUAGUGUCUCCUCUGUGAAGCUAGUGACAUUCUGAAUUUCCUAAAACAGCCUGUGAUGGUUUAGAGUAGAAUCUUUCAGCUCUGUGCAGUCACUUGUUUGGUUUUCCAACCCAUCCACUCUCUAAACCAUUUCCACCACCCCUUAAAAAUUAUGAUUGCUAGUUACUUUAGAGGUGUCUUACAAUUUCCAGAUAGAUUAGAUAGUUGGAAAUUUCAUACAUUCAAAAAAAAUAAAACAACUAUUUUAUAAAUCAGGUUUUUAUUUUUUCUAACCAGGUCUAUAGCAUACCCAGGGAAAUGUAAGCAUGCACUAAAUUAUGUGUUUGGUUAUUUAUAAGUCUCUGAAAACCAUAAGAUGCACAUGAUUUCUAUUUUAGUUUUCCUUUGCCUUGUGGUUCACAUCUUCAGAUUAUUCAGAGAACAGGACCUGAUAAUAUGUAGCAGAACAGCAGUUUCAAAAGAAAAGUUCAAGUCUUACACUCAAUUGACACAAAAGAAUUACAAUCUUAGUGUAUCUUUUACUUGCUAUAUGGAACUCAAUUAUUUGAUAAUUAUGUUUUUAAUAUCUGGAAAUUUUGUCUUUAUAUAUGCUUUUCAGUUGAUUUGAUACUGUGGAAAUAGCCUAUACCAUAUUUAUUUUUUUAAAAAGUGUUUCUUAGUACAUGAUGUGUGAGUCUCACACCUCGGUUGCCUCCUGUUGUGGUCAUUGUAAUCAGAAGGAAACCUGCUCUUUGGAUUUUUACUGAAUAAAGUGCGCACAUCGCUUCUCCCCUGAGGGGACUGAGCUACUGAUGGAUGCUAACAAACCAGACUUUAUUACAAUCUGACUCUGUAUAAAAUGUGUUUUGUUGUUUUGUGUCUGUCUGUGAUGCAUGGACAGGCAUUCCUUCUGCCAAGUACUUUAAGGAUUUCCUUAUAUUAAAUCUGCGUUUACACUUCUUUAAUUGAAAUAAAUGGCAAUGUCAAAAA